CCAGCCCACCCCAACAACACAGACGCUGUAUUGAGCGGGGGAAACGGAAAAGACGAAACACACAAGAAGACGGCUUUUCAUUUUGAGUUCCUUUUUUUUUUCUCCGCUCUUUUUCUGGUACAGGAACUCCUCCGUUCGUUGGCCUCCGAUUUUUGCAGACACUUUUUGUCCAAAGUUGCCAGCUGUUUGCAGCUGGCACAACGCACCCGCCCUGCGCUCGGAGGAGGAGGAGGAAGAGGGGAUCGCAAGCAAGAGAACGAGGCACAAGAGAAGCGAUGGCACCCCAGCAACCGCAGCCGCAGGUGAGGCAGCACAUGGUCAAGUUCCUUCGGAGCUUCCCGGGGGUCACCCGCCUCCUUCAGAUCGUCUUCGGCGCAGGCCUUUGGGUCACCAUCGCCGCCAACAAGUACGAGGGCUCCAUCCACUUCGUGCUCUUUGUGGCGGUGCUCUUCUGGCUCCUGUGCUUGGGCCUCUUCUUCGUCACGCUGCUGGACAAGCAGGACGCCGUGCCCGUGGUGGGCGGCCCGCGCUGGCUGUGCAGCAACUUGGCGCUCGACGUGGCCGCCGUGGCGCUCUACCUGCCCGCAGUGGGGGUCAUGGUGUACAAGACGGAUCGCAAUUCUUACUGCAACCUGGCGCAGUACAAGCAUUUGUGUCUAUACAAGGUCUACCUGACGGCCGCCGUAUUCGCCUGCCUGUGCUGCCUGGCCUUCCUGCUCUCGGUGGUCUACGGGGCCUGCAGGAAGAGCCGAGGGGAGCAGACGGUCAUCUGAGGCUAGCAACUUUUACCUUUUUGUAUUUUUUUUUUUUUUUUAACCACAGCAAGAUGAGGAAGAGUUAACUUCACUGUAUUUUUUUUUUUUUUUUUUUUUUUUAAUCCAUUACAUGCAAACAGUAUUUAAAGCAAGGGGUGGGGAAACCUACGGUCGGUGGGCCAGACUGGGCCCCCCUAAGAAUGUUUCUGAAUCUUUUAUUGAGGACAUAGAGUUUGAAUUACAAAUUAAAUUCCUGCUCACAGUUAUAAAGAUAAAAUACAGGUAGAAUACUUGACAGUUUGACACUAGUAUUUAAUUCCAUCAGAAAGAAAAAUUGUUAAAGAAUGUAUGAAUGUCAUUAACUUGGCAGAUUUUUACCAAAUUUAAACAACCUGAUAUAUCAGCUAACUAAUCAGUCAUGCUUAGUAAUUCCUCCAUGUACUGCAGUUGCGCCUCGGAAAGGGCACGGCCGAGUGAGUGACAUCAGCAGCUGGAGUCGGGUUGACUGGUUUGUGAGUCGUGGGUUGUUACUGACCAGUCCCAAAAGUGGUGUGAUGACACCAUGCUCCAUUUGUGACCUCAAUGCUGUAAACUGGGUACCCCCUUGUACUUUUUUGUCUGUUACGUCACAGUAGGUACAGCUACAGAGUUUAUUAUAUUCAUUAUCUUUUAUGUUUACACAUUUUUUUUUCCAUAAUGCCGCCUUGCCAACACACGUUACAGUGUACAAUUUUUUUUUUUCCUCAGUGCCUCCUGUCAUGAUGCUGUAUACUCAAACCCGGAACAUAUGGAUGUGUAUUUAACAAAAGUGUUCUUAUUGUCAAGCCAAAGAUUCAAAAGUAAGAAUAAAGAGCGGUAACAAUA